UGAUCAGUGUCGGAGCGCCUUCUUCUCGACGAGCAUCUCAGCACCUAAGGGACAUCAUGGGUUUCGUCGAAGACACAAAAAUGCCCACGACGGAGGAAAUAACAGCGAUAAAUGUGGACCCUUGGGAGUCUUCAACUCUCGCCGACUGCCGGAAGUUCGCCACGGAAAUCAUACGUCGACAAACUCAAUUUGACGAAGCCUUCUUCAUCUGCGAUCUCCGAGAUGCCGAAUACAAAUGCAAGCUCUGGCGGGAGAGCAUGCCACGAGUAGUCCCCUACUACGCCGUGAAGUCGAAUCCGGAUCCCCUCUUCACCCAAGUCCUCUUCAGGAAUGGGGUCAAGUUCGACUGCUCCAACCAGAGAGAGAUGAAUUUCGUCCUCGACAACGUACCCGGGGCCAAGGGAUCCGAUAUGGUGAUUUCCAACACCACGAAAUGCAUCAAGGAUAUUGCGUUCGGAUGCGAAAUCGGAGCCACUUUGAUGACGGUAGACUCCGUCGAGGAGCUGGAGAAAAUUGUUCCCUUCAGAAAAAAAGCAGAGAUUCUGGUCCGCUUACAAGGCAGCGAGCACACGAGUAAAAUAACGUUCAACAGAAAAUUCGGCGCCAGCGAUGAGACCAUCAUCAAGAUCUUGAUCAGGUGCAAGGAGUUGAAUCUCAAGGUUGUCGGAACGCAUUUCCAUGUCGGUCUCGGUUUCGAAUCACCCUUAAUUUACGACGAAUCGAUACAGCGCUCGCGAGCGAUUUUCGACGUAGCCGAAGAAAUGGGAUUCAAAAUGACCGUCCUCAACAUUGGAGGCUCCUUCCCCGGUGGAGUUCGACGCAGGAAGCAGUUCUCGCAAGUAGCCGCCGUCGUCCAAGGAUCGUUAGAGCGAAAUUUCCCUGUCGGUUGCGGAGUGAAGGUCAUCGCCGAACCAGGCCAAUUCUUCUCAACCUCCGCAUGGAUUCUCUGUGCCAAAGUCGUCGCUGUGAAGGAUACUGUGAUCGACCAGACUUAUACCACUGGUGCGUCGACUGAUCUCAAAGCCCGGAUGUCGCGUAUGCAACCAAUGUACAAGGUGUUCAACCAGCUAUCCGAAUCCCACUCACAGAAGCAUCUCGACGAUGCAGUAGCUGAGGGUACCGUUGAAGAUGAACAUCACAUUGUGCACAUGCGGAACGUGUUCCUGAACGAAAGUCGUUUCAACGUAAUCCCGAGGGCGACUCUCCCGCUACUAGACCUACGAUUCUACCGAGUGAGCCGAGACGAAGAGUUCGCCGAUGUAGGCCAUAAGGAACCAGAUUCGAAGACCGUCUUGUGGGGAGCGACCUGUAAUCCUUUCGAUCAAAUUCUCGAGUGGGAUCAUGUGAUCGAUUUCAAGUGCAACGAAUGGAUCCUAAUCGACAACAUGGGAACCUACUCAAGAGCCUUCCAGUGCGGUUUCAACGGAUUCGGAAUCCCACCAGUGCACUACAUCGGACAGACCGCUCAUAAGGCUGCCUAGAAAAUUUGAUCCUGCUUUCUGUCAGACCAAUGUCCAUAUCUCCCGCAUAAACUUACGUAUAUACCCUU